AUGACAUGUAGGCCAAUAGCUACACAUCAUAAUGUGUGGCAAAUAACCACUGAAUUGCUCAAAAAGAAAAUCCCCAUGUUUCUCCAAAUGGAGCGAAAACUAUCUUUACUUUUGGUCACAUGUCUGCUUACAGGAAUCGCAGCAACCAAAUAUGAUGCAUUCACAUACAAUGGAUUCCAAAGGAGUGACUUGUACCUUGAUGGCGCAGCAGAGAUCACACCCAAUGGCCUUCUGAGAUUAACCAACACUACAAGCCACCAGCAAGGACAUGCAUUCCACAAAGUGCCACUGCUUUUGAAGAACACCUCAGAUGGUACUGUUUACACUUUCUCUACUUGCUUUGUUUUUGCAAUGCUCCCCGAAUAUCCAGAUGUGGGUGGCAAUGGACUUGCACUUGUGCUCUCUCCAACCAGGGGGCUCCCUGGGGCUAUGCCGAACCAAUACCUUGGUCUCUUCAACACUACCAAUAAUGGCAAUUCAUCAGAUCAUGUCCUUGUUAUUGAGCUAGACACCACCUUCAAUAAGGAGUUUGGAGAUAUCGACAACAACCAUCUCGGAAUUGAUGUCAACGGAUUAAGGUCCAUGAACGCCGCACCAGCAUCAUAUUUCACCGAGAAAAUUGGCAAGUUUAAGAAUCUCAGCCUUACAAGCGGAAAACCAAUGCAGGUAUGGGUAGAUUAUAGCAAUCCAGAGAAGAAGCUAAAUGUAACAAUAUCCCCCAUCCGUGUGCCCAAACCAAGUCAUCCAUUGUUGUCUUCUUCCAUUAAUCUAUCCUCGGUAAUAUUAGAUACCAUGUAUAUUGGCUUCUCUUCUUCUACAGGCUCCAUGCUAACAUCCCAUUAUGUUCUGGGUUGGAGCUUUAAGAUGAAUGGGCAAGCGGAUGCCCUCAACCUGUCCAGCCUUCCUUCGCUUCCUUUGAAAAAGCAUAGAAGAAAGCCAACGUCUUUGAUAAUUUGGCUGUCCUUAGGAGUAGUGGUGUUCAUAGCUAUAACCGCCUGCGGUAUUGCUUACAUAAUAAGAAGAAAGGCAAGAUAUGCUGAAGUUCUUGAAGAGUGGGAUCUAGAAAAUAGAACUCAUAGAUUCUCAUAUAAAGAACUAUUCAAGGCUACCAAAGGCUUUCCCGAGAAAAAUCUUUUGGGAGUUGGCGGUUUUGGAAGAGUUUACAAAGGCAAGCUGCCGACCUCUAAAACUGAAAUUGCAGUGAAGAGGAUUUCUCAUGAUUCUAAGCAAGGAAUGGGGGAGUUUGUUGGGGAGAUUGCGAGUAACAGUCAGCUCCGUCACCGCAAUUUGGUCCAGCUUCUUGGCUAUAGCCGUAGGAAAGGGGAAGUCCUUUUGGUCUAUGAGUUCAUGCCCAAUGGAAGUCUUGACAAGUUCCUCUACGACGCAAACAAUCCAACGACACUUAGCUGGAGCCAGAGACUAAAAAUUAUCAGAGGUGUGGCCUCAGGUUUGCUCUACCUGCAUGAAGGUUGGGAGCAGAUUGUUCUACACAGAGAUAUAAAAGCAAGCAAUGUCUUGCUGGACGGUGAAAUGAAUGGAAAGUUGGGAGACUUUGGACUAUCAAGAUUGUAUGAUCAUGGUAGCGAUCCCCAAAUCACUAAUGUGGUGGGAACUUUCGGUUAUAUAGCGCCAGAGCUCACUAAAACAGGCAGGGCAACUACGAGCACUGAUGUCUUCGCCUUCGGGGUUUUCGUACUUGAGGUUGUCUGUGGAAGGAGGCCAAUAAUGCAACAAGAAUCACUGGACCUUCAUUUGGUGGACUGGGUGUGGAGGAGUUGGAGGAAUGGAGUAAUUCUAGAGGUUCCAGAUGCAAGACUGGGAGGUGAUUACCAUCUGGGGGAAUUGGAAAUGAUCUUAAAGAUGGGAUUGCUUUGUUCACAUCCUGUGCCUGCAGCAAGACCAACCAUGCGCCAAGUGAUGCAGUUCUUGGAUGGUAAUCUUUCGCUGCCGCAAAUGCCCAAGGAUGGGAGGGGCAUCACUAUUUCAUCACCAGAGCAUGCUGAAGAAUUAGAAGAAUCAUAAUAUGACAAGUUUCACUUGUACAACUGAUACAGGACAGGUUUCUUCUGUGGAACGGAGCCAUGGAGCAGGGGCGCUGAUUGUGAACGCGGCAGCCGUGAAGAUCGAUCCGUGGACGUGAAGAUUAAUCCGUGGCCGUGGAGAUCAAUCCAUUGAGUGUUUGAUUAAGAGUCCUUUUGCAUUUGAAUUCUGGUUUAGCCAAGUCAAGAGUCCUUCUUAUGUUUUGUUCCUGACUUAAGUCAGGCUUAGCAUCUUUGUUUGAUUAAGUUUCUGAAUUACGAGUACUUGUUGGUUUAGGAUUAGGAUUUAGUUUUCUCUGAGUCCGUUUGCUAUGAGUUAGGGUGUAUGCGAUCCUAUAUGAGGAAUCGCAAGGAGGGCUUGUUUUUUCCCUCUUCCUGGUUAUUGUUUUUCAGCCGCCAUUGUUAAUGAGAAAACACGUUGAAAGCACA